CACAGCUCAGGCAUCAGAAGCCCUCUGAGACAACAGAGCUCACUGCUCCUUAGACUCCAAGCCAGAAAAUACAAGGCAGAAAAACAAAACUUUCGAGUAAUCAUGAACUGCAAAUUUGUUCUGGCUGUCUUGGCUGUCUUCCUCAUCUCCGCAGCUGUGACUGAAGGCAUGACCCUGGCACGGGUAGGAAAUGAGCUCCGGUGCCAGUGCAUAACCACUCAUUCCAAGUUCAUCCCUUUUAAGCAUAUUCAGGAUGUGAAAAUGACCCAAAGUGGGCCUCACUGCACAAAUGUUGAAGUCAUUGCAACUCUCAAGGAUGGCAGAGAAGUGUGUCUGGAACCCACAGCCCCCUGGGUGACGCGCCUUGUCGAGGCUAUUUUGAACAAGGCUGAAUCCAACAUUGAAACACCACUUUAAGAAAAGCAGCAGAAGAAAAAUCUACACAUUUCUCCUGUUCUGUCCAGAAGGAAACAUCUAAUUGAAAAUGCCAAUGAGCCUUCAAGCAGCCUACAUACGUCCACCUUCUACACCCAUAUGUUUUUAUGCAGGCUAAGACUUACUGUAUCUAUUUCCUAUUUAUAUAUUUAUUUAAAACUAUCACUUUGUUCAGAAAAGAUUCAGGUAUUUAUGGUAUGUGCUACUCAGUGAAAUUGAAAACCACUGAAUAGGAAAAGUGAUUUCGCGAAGGAGACGAAGACCCUUUGGACAUCACUUUAGCUAAAUAUAUUUUUAUCAGUGCUAUGCACUUGCAGCAAAGCUGCAUUUAUAUAAACCCUUGCCUUUUUGCUACUAAAUUAGCAAACUGGCAGCGAUUCCACCUCACCUGAGGUCCUUUAGUAUGUUGUAUCAACAGCCAGUCACAGCCAGUCUGUUUAGCUAAGGACUAGGACUUUGGUGGCUUUCCAAAACAAAGCUGCCAAAAUUCAUGAGGCAUUUUCUGUGCUCUCAUUCUUAAGGAAUUAUUUAUGGCGCUUAAGCAUAUUAUUACAUACAUGUAUAUAUAAUAUUUAAAAUGUCUUAUUUAAGAAGGAAUCAUGUACAAACUUUAUUUAUUUAAAUUAUUUUGAUUCAAUGGGAUUUUUCUAUCGAGUUUGCCCCUAAUAUGUUAGCUCCUUAAAUUAUUUCAUGUUCCUGUUGUUAUCUGUACACAUCUAGUUGGUAUGUCUAUUUAUUUAUGUAGUACAAGUAAUGGAAAACGUUCUGGUUCAUGUGCCUUGGAAGCAGCUGUUCCAAUUUUCUUUUUCCUCAUGUAAUUUAUAAUUAAAUUAUUUCUACAUUAAAAUUUCCAAUU